UCGAGAUCAGCAGACGAACAGUCUUUUGUUAAGUCCAAUCUGCAAAGUACACGUCAUAUUUGAAAUUUUUAUAUAUUGCGGGAGGACUGACAUUGCGUUGCUUUUGAGUUUUCUGUUCAUUAAACAUGUGUUUGCGUGUAGAAACGUGUAUGAAGAUAAAAUGAAGUUCUGCCGUUUCUUAUAUUAUGUGUUCAUCGUACAAAUCAUCAACAGCUGUAUUGCCAAUAUCGUCACAAAGACUGAGGCUCCUGCUAGUUCUGCAGGGAAAACAGAUGACUCAGCCGACUUAAAUGACACCACCGAAUUUUAUAAAGAAAUUGAUCCUGUCUCCUCUAACACAUUGGCCGUAAAUUCAUUACCCACAGACACUUUCAAGGACACCCCCAGUGAAAUAUCAGAGAAUGUUGGACAAGCAUCCCAAAUAGAGUCAAGCUUUGAGGAUGUUUCAAAGUCAAAGCCCAUUGUUGAUGAAGUUGCUGUCAAUGAGAAAUUACCAGGUGUCCUGAAUCAGGGUACCUUAAGUCAGGAUCUUCCCGAUACAGGGACUGUAGGUGUGGUAACGCUUGUGGACUCAGCCUCAGCAGAUCUUCAAAAGCUUGCUACUUCAGCAUCAGCAGAGGUUACAACCGACAGCAAAUAUGAAAAGGGCUCUAGCGAAAAUACUACAGCUGGAAAUCUACCCCCAAUCGUUAUUUUACCACCUGCCAAAGUUGACCUGGUCAAUGAAAACCAUCAGGCAGAGGUUAUAACUGAAGCUACAACUGCUAAUGUACCAAAUUCAGAGCCACCAGUCGUGAGAGCUGAACCAAAAGUUGUUGAGCAGACUGUUAAAGUUGAAGACCAUGUAGAACCAGAAACAACAGAAAAAAGUUCUCCAUCCAUAGCUCAGCCAAAUACUCAAGUUUUUGGCAAACCUUUAGAGCCAGUUUUGCCUCCUCCUCCUCCUGCCCAACCCAGUAGCACCCUUGAUGCAUUACCUGUGCCAUCACCUGAAAUUCCUCAAGAAGAAAUACCAUCAUUUAGUGAAUGGACUCAAAAGCAAUUGGAGGAAGCUGAAAAAAAGAAAGGACAAAAUAAAACUGCUAAUUCCCCUCCAUCAAGAGGACCUACUCCAAGCAAGAUGAGAUCUAAGAACUAUGCAUCCCCUGAUUGUGGAGCAAAAAUUGUUGCUACGAAUCCAGAAGCUGAAAACCCUAGUGGUGUCUUAGCUAACUCCAAAGAUGAAUACCUUAUCAAUAAAUGCAGUACUCAAAGAAUGUGGCUCAUCAUUGAACUUUGUGAAGCAGUUCAAGCCAAGAAAAUUGAAUUAGCUAAUUUUGAGUUAUUUUCAUCAUCCCCAAAAGAAUUCUCAGUUUAUUUAAGUCAUAAUUUUCCGACUCGUGAUUGGUCCAGUGUUGGUCAGUUUACAGCUAAAGAUGAACGAACAGUGCAAAGUUUUAAUUUGCAACCUCAUUUGUUUGGAAAAUUUUUGAAGGUAGAGUUCAACUCUCAUUAUGGAAAAGAACAUUUCUGUUGUACGUCUCUUAUUCGUGUUUAUGGUACAAGUGAAUUCGAAGUGCUAGAAACUGAAAAUGAAGGUCAUGGUUCUGCUCAUGAGCUUGAUGACGAUGAUGAUGAGGAUGAGCAGCCUGUUGGUGUUGACACAGGAAAACCAUCCAAAAAUUUAUUCGGACAUGCGACUGAUGCUGUGUAUACAAUUGUUCGGAAAGCAGCUGAAGUUCUUGUGAAGAGUGGAGAUAGUCAAAAUCAAAGCCAAACUCUGGAUCAGAAAAAUGCUACUGCUUUAAUUCCUUCUUUCCAAGUGCGACCUCGACACUGUAGCACUUUGCGCCACCUUAUUGUUUGCAAUAACUGCAGUCCUGAAUUUUUUGAUCAAGUGUACCAUCUUCUUAGUUGCCAGGCAGAGGAUAUGCAGGCUUUGAUUGAGUCAACUUUUGUGCUUGAUGCCAUUAAUAACAGCCAGUUAUGUUCUUUAUCUGGCCUCGAUUAUAUAGCCAAACGAUAUUUGGCAGCUCCAUUGCGAAUCCAAAGUGAAGAUCAAUUGGAUCAAGCUGGAUAUUUGGCAGCCAUGUUGCCAGCAGAGUAUAUUGCUGCGCUGUGCAACAUCUUAGCUGUGCUAGAAGGGAAGGUUGUACUAAACACAAGUCAAAGUGCUAUGGCGCAGCAAGGAGCCAGCAUUAUUGGCCAACCCUCUCAAGAUUCACGGGAGUCAGACCUCAAAAACUUAUUAAUUGAACAUAAGGCACCUCAAACCUGCUCAAUGGAUGCAUCAUUUACUUCAUCAAACUGUCAAUCUGGUGGUAGUUCCCCUCAUACUCCUGAUGUAUCAACAAGUUUUCCAGGAAGCCAACCAGGACCUCCAUAUGCAUCCAUGGCUUCUGAGAUAAAACCGACAAGAACACUAACUAAAGAAGAGGUUAGAGAAAUUUCAGCAGAGGAAGCAGCUGUUCCACAUGCUCCAGUAGAGAAGUCUGCCAUCAGCCCUGAUGUAAAGGCAACCAUUCAGACUCCGUUCAAUGUGAAAAUUGAACCAUCUAUGAUCUCAGUUAAUAUGCCUGGAGGAUCAGCGGAGAAUCCGAAGGCUAGCUCCUUUAUUCCUGAAGUACCUCAGGACCCCAUAGCACCUGAACAAUUGGGUAUUGAUGCCUUAGACAGAGAUAAAGAUUUAGGUGAUACAUCCUUUGGCCUGGAUGGAGGGGUUUCUGAAGAUCAAGAGCCUUCGAAGGAUUUAGAUGCCCUUUUCAUGGAAAUGAAAGCACUCGACAACACUGAGGAAACUUCUUCAGAAGCUGGGUCAGCAACAACACCAAGCAGUGUGGUUACUCAAACUCGUGUUCCUUCUCAGCAAGCUCAAAAAGAAUCUGUGUUCUUGAGGCUAUCAAAUAAAAUUAAGGCCCUUGAGCGUAAUAUGUCUUUGAGUGGUCAAUACUUGGAGGAGCUUAGCAGGCGCUACAAAAAGCAAGAAGAAUUGAGCCGUGCAUUGAAUAAAACAUUGGUUCUUCUCAGAGAAGAAAUCCGAAAAUCUAAAGACAGGGAACAACAAAGAGAUAGUGAUAUUCUGUUUCUUCGCACUCAGUUAAUUCAACUCACAGCAACAGUUGAAGCUUAUCAGUCAGAAAAAGAUAGCUGGCAGCACAAGGCAGUUGUUUUCAGUCAACACUUUGCUCUGAUAGUCAUUGAGAUAGUUAUGUUUGCUGUCGUUAUCUGGAUGUGCCGACGGUUACCCACUGAUGCCGGCAACAUGUCAUCUACUGGCUCGCAAAGGAAGUGGAGCACAGGUUGGCGAAAGGUCAACAAAUCAAAUGUUAAACACCUGAGAAGACGUAGUUCCCUUGAUGGCCUCAGCAGUUCCAGUGAUGUUAAAAAGCGUCGGCCUAGUGAAGAAGCUCUCCAGAUUUCAGGAUCAUACAAGGAUUUACUUUUGCAAGAUGAAAACGUAGUUGUGGUCCAAGGAGAAGAUAUCACUCAUGAAGGAAGUGAUCAAAACUGGUUGGCUGUAACAGGCCCAAGAGAUCAACGGCGAAGGAGAAAACGCAGGAAAGAAUGCUUAGUGAAAUCCUCAUCUAGCAACAACCUCAGCCAAUAUCAGGCAAAUUAUUCUCAGACGGUCACUAGAAAAAUUUCUGCCCCCAUGCAUUCAUACUCAUUACCUAUUGAGAGUGGUGAAAUUGAAAGUCCUGAGGUACAGAGCACCAUGAGACAGGCCCAUUCACCAUCAAAUUCGCCCAACAGUUUGAAAACGGGGGAUAUCUGUCAAAGUGAGGCAGCUUUCGCACCUGACUCCCCAUCUUCAGGUAAUAUUAUCUCCUAUCAGGCCGCUCAAAUUCCUCCUGGUUUUACUGAAACCGCAACUUCUGCAAGGAGUAGAAGAUCCUUUAAUUUGGCUGAAGCCAACCUUCCAUUUCACCCAUCUGUAUCACCCGAUUGGAUGAUGAAUCACCAUGAUGGUGACAGUGGAAGCAGUGUAUCUGGUCAAUCAAGUCGUAGCAAAGGUUUAGAUUCUCUUGAGCCAGUGUGCAAUAGUAGUCAAAGUGAUAACCAAGGAAUUUUAAUGGAAGAUAAGAAGAAAAAAUUGGGUAAGAAGGGUGGUCUUAAAAGUAUGGUAAAAAAAUUCUUCUAACAGUGCAUUUUUCUUAUUGAAAAAAUGAAGGUGAGGUCUAUCCAUUAGUACCAUUCUUCUCAACCCUUUCUAGUCCAAGCCAAGUUUUUUUUAGAGAGACAAUUUUUGACCCUGAUUCUACUGGAUAAAUAGUGUCCAAGUAUUCUUUUUAAUUUGUUGAUUUAAAAUUAUGUCAUUCAAAUUCAGCCCCAAAGUUGGCUCUUAAAUUACCAAGUGGUAAAGUUGCGAUGAUAGUUAACAUCACCAUGGGACUCACUAUUACUUUUUAUGUACAAAGUGCAAAGUGUCUGAGUAAAAUAAAAAAUAUAGGUCUAUUAAGAGAUAAGUGAAUAAAUUGAAAAAGGGAGCAUGCUAAGCUGUGACUCUUAUUAACUGUGAUUAAGGUUGCACAUUUGUAUUAAAUGUCUCCACAUUCCCCUUGGAAUUUUCUUCUUAUGUUGAAGUCCAGUCAGUAGCUGGAUUAAGAUUUAGAAAUUAGAAAAACAGUGAAGCUUUUAUUUUCUGUAAUUUAGUCAACUAAGUCAUUAGGUAGAAAAUUGCUUGAUGAUGAUGAGUCUCAUAAUGAUGAAGAUCAUGGAGACCUCAAAAUCGCGUUGGUCACAAAGUUCCUGUUUGCCUGAAUUGGGACACCAUGCCAUGCAGGGAUUUAUAAAAAUAAAUGUUACGAGUUGUAUAGUUAUACAACAGCAUGUGCAGUUGUUGCAUAUUUCUAAUUAGGGCAAUCCAAUUGACUGUUCAAUUCAUUUUAUUUAUUAUCUUAUUUAUUUGUUAGGAAUUAAAUUGAGAGGCUUUUUUGCGUGUGUUGCAAGUUUUCAAUGUGGUGUGAAGUAAGCUAUCACUGUCUGUUGUUUGUCUAGUCAAUUAUCUUCCGAUGUAUUUCUUUCUUCCUAUAAUAGCUUGGGAAUGUGUUCACAGACAGGUCUGAGAUUUGCUUAUGGCUAGAAGAAAUUGUACUUAGUUACUAGAGAGGAAUUUUGAUCCCCUCUAUAAUUUGUUUGCGUUGAACAUUACCAGUUACUUCUUUUGUGAAUUUCCUCACUACAAAUCACUAAACAACAAAAAGAAACAACUUCUAGUAAACAUGAAUGAAAAUUUACUUACAGUUCGCUUCAGAAAAUAUCUUGUUGAUCUAACAUGUGACCUUGUUUCAUCAUGCAAAUGGCUGUGAACUGUAGAGACUGGUGAUUUUUCCAUUUGUCUUUUUUUUUCUUUCUGAAAUUAAAGGAACUGUGACUUAACUCUUCAGUACCAUUGGGUCCAAAUGUAAGGUGUAUUAUUACUGAAACUUGUUUUGGUAGCUGUUAAAUUGAGUGUAAGUUCAUUUUGUGUUACAUGGUUGCAGAUUUGUAUCAAGCGAUUGGACUGUAGGUUAUUAUCUAAGUAGUUUCAAAAGUCUAAGCUAUGUACAGGUAAUUUGCCAGAAACUUGUGAUCUGAUUAUUAUUAUUAUUAUUGAUGCUUAAAUUAUUCUGAUUUUUAUGAUUGUUACUGGGAGUCUUACAAUACACUUAAAACUGUACAUCAGUAAGAACUUGUUAGUUUUCAAUAAGUUGAAAUUUCCUUAUAUACAUAUGUGUAAAUCUUUUAGCUAAUUGAUCGAAGUUUAUGUAUUAUUUAUAUUCUAAUCUAGGUAGUGAUUAGUUUGCUCAGAACUUGCUGAUCACAAUUUUCUUUGCAUUUAUGAGAAUUAUUUCCUCUUGUAAUCGCCCCAAGUCAAAACUCAUCUUUAAAGAUGUUGGCAAUUGUGUGAUUAUAAAUUUUACUUAUCGAGAUGUAUCACGUGACUGAGCUGGAUCUGGAUAACCAGGUCUUGACCAUUGUUUUAAAUCUGUCUUAUCUUGUCAGCAAUUACAAUUGAUUCUUACUGGGUUUAAUUUUUCAGGUAGAUUCUGCUUUGUCUGUAGUUAUGUUCUUCCAGCUUCAAAGACUAGUUAUUCAGUGCAUCUGAAUUGAUCUAAAUACUUCUGACUUUAUUUUAUUUUAAUCAUGGGAAAUUGUUAAGUUUUGUGAGGUCGUUUCUGAGUUCACGUUUCAUAGAUCAAGGAGGUCAGAUUAUUUUCAGUCUCAAUUACUAUUAUUUUAUCAAUUUUGUUCCAAUUAAACGAUUUUCAUGGUCCAAAGUAAGAUGCCAUUUCCCCCUCCUUAGACUAUGUAUUUAUAGGAAGAAAGACUGUUCUAUUGUAAUGUAAUGUUUAUUUCAUUUGAAUCAAUUGAAAUGAGAGAAAAUAUUUUUCUGGUUACCAUGCUGUGACAAUACUUGGGGUGGUUAGCUUUUCAAUUUAUGCAUAUCAUUUAAGAAAAUGUUUAUGGACCUUAAAGAGCUAAAACCUGAAUUUAGUGUGAACAGUUUGUUUUAUGUUUAAAAAUUUGAGCUAAGUGAUCUGUAUCCAAUUUCCGUUUUAUCUGUUGCCUUGUUUCUUGUGUUUAUGUUUUGUGUUUUUAUUAAUGUACAAAUUGCCUUGCACUUCCGUAAGCAUAUAUUGCUGGUGAAUUAUGUAUCAAGAGGCAGAAUUUGUUUUUGUGUUUGUCCAUGUUCUUUUUCUGCGAGAGAUUGUUCUUGAUGGUAUCUUAAAUUUAUGUUUGAUCAGCUCUUUGAUAGAUAAAGAAAGGUACAUUUUCUUUUGUGUAUCACCAAUUUUCAUUUUUCAUGUCAUUCCUCACCUCAUGUAUGAAUGCUGUGAUCAUGUAGAUCCCCUGGUUUUCUUGGUCAUCAGAUGAAUUUCCUUCUGUGCAAAGAAACAUUAAUGGAUUAAUACUUACCAAUGACUACUUGAAAAAUGUAUCCAUUCAAUUCAUGUUCCUAUCAGUUUGAAGUACAGUUAAAAUGCUCUUCUUCUAAA